GAUAAGCCAAGCAUCCAGCAGUUGUGUGAAACGGGGAGUUCAUCAUAAUUGCUGUUAAUAAUUACAGUUGUGAUAAGAAAAAGACUCGGCAUUUAUUGAUGGCAAAACCGUCUCGGGUCUCAGUUGAUCCAGAAGAGCCGGAGGAGUUGGAAGAGAGAGCAAACGCUUUGGAUUUAGAAACACUGUCAGAGCCACAUAGAGGAAAGAGAGCAGCGGUCAUCCAGGAGGCAGAGGCAAAAUGAUGCGACCGGGAGCCAAGCAGUAUGUGGUGGCCAGGCCUCUCUACUCGGAGGACUCCUUCAUCGAGGAGCACGAAAGGGUCCACAGACAUCGCAGGACCAUGCUGAACCACGUCAAGCAGUACUUCACGUGCAUGUUUUGUGCUGCAGGUCUCGCCUACUGUCUGCUGGCCUCUCUUCCACCCUGGUAUGGACUCUUCUCGGCCUUUUUCCCUGUCAUCAUCUACUUCUUCCUGGGCACUUCCAGGCACAUCUCAGUGGGCCCUUUCCCAGUCUUGUGUCUGAUGAUCGGCUCAGUGGUCACCAGGUUGGUCCCAGACGAGGGUCCGGCCUACAACAUCACAGGGUUUGAUGGCCUGACGAUGGACGAACAGCGAGUGCUGGUGGCUUCUUCUGUGACCUUCCUCGCCGGCAUCAUGCAGCUGGCGAUGGGCAUAAUGCAGGUGGGCUUCGUGGUCAUGUACCUGUCAGACACUCUGGUGUCCGGCUUCACCACAGCAGCUGCCAUCCACAUCCUGGUGUCCCAGCUCAAGUUUGUGCUGGGGCUGGAAGUCCGAGGCAUCAGUGGACCGCUCUCCAUCAUAUACACCCUGGAGAUCAUCUUUAACAAGAUCACCUCCACCAACGUCUGCGACGUGGUGAUCUCAUUGGUCAUCAUGGUGGUGGUGUUCAUCGUAAAGGAGCUAAAUGAAAGAUUCAAAUCCAAGCUGCCAGUGCCCAUCCCCAUUGAGGUUAUUAUGACUGUUAUUGCAUGUGGAGUUUCAUAUGCCUUCGACUUCAAGACGCGAUAUGGCAUUGAUGUUGUUGGCCAUAUACCAAAAAUAGCUGGUUUACUGUCUGCUCUCAUAGUGAUGAUUGUCACCUUGGCCAUUGGAUUCCUUCUAGAGCCCCUCCCCAAGUCUGUGCUGGGUGCUGUGGUCAUCGUCAAUCUGAAGGGCAUGCUGAUGCAGUUCAGAGAAAUCCCAUACCUGUGGAGAAGGGACAAACCAGACUGUGUGGUGUGGUUAGGUACCUGUAUUGCCUCCAUCUUGCUGGGGCUGGAUCUUGGAUUGGCUGCAGGCCUCGGUGUGGAGCUGCUCAGUGUGGUUCUCAGAGCUCAAUUCCCUCGCUGCAGUGUGCUGGCCAACAUCAGAGGAACAGAUAUCUACAAAGACAGAAAGGACUACAUCGAUAUAUAUGAGCCAGAGGGAGUGAAGAUCUUCAGGAUACCAUCACCAAUUUUCUUUGCCAACAUUGAAUUCUUCCGGAACAAGCUGGUGGAAUCUAUUGGAUUUAACCCACUGAGAGUGCUGAGAAAGAGGAAUAAAGCACUCAGGAUGAUCCGGAGGCUUUUAAAGACAGGUGACCUGCAGUGGACAUUAAAAGGACUGUAUAGCUCUUGUGGAACGAUCAAGGAAUCAGAAGAUAAGAGCACCAUGGAGGAGCUGGACCAGCCGACCGACUUCAAGGACCUUCCUGCCCGGAUCAACUGGAACGCCAAGCUUCCAGCCAACAUAAUUGUUCCGAGAGUGGACAUCCACAGCCUCAUCCUGGACUUUGCUGCGGUUUCCUUCCUGGACAUCUCUGCCCUGAAGGGGCUCAAAACUUUGCUAAAAGAGCUGAUCCGGGUUGAAGUUGAGGUCUUCAUUGUGGCUUGUGAUCCUUACAUCCUGGAGAAACUGCACCAUUGCUGCUUUUUUGAUGAUGAAGUUCAGCCAUCAAUUUUCUUCCUGACCCUGCAUGACGCCAUGCUGCACAUCCUCGAGAAACAUCCAGAGUCCGAAGAGAAGAGGUCCAACUAUGACAAGAUUAUGACGACAGUCACGGUUUCCUACCCUGGAGGCGGUUUGAGGAGCAGAGAUAGAAACGCUUUGGAUCCAGAAACCAGGUUCUAACAUCUGGAUGAGGAGAUGACAAAAUUCCAUCAAAACGACCAAAGACAAAAUUAGCGUCUGUUUUAUAGAUCAUGCUGUACAAUACGCUGAUGUGAAAUAAUAAAUUACUGCUCUUAGCUUUAUUUAUCUGACAAUCAGCAUUUACCCAGUAUAUGGUAGUUACUGUGAUGUAAAGGAAACAAAUUAAUGCUAUAUUAUUGUUUUUUUACAUUGUAAAUAGUGAUUUUGUUGGGAUUUUUAG